CUUGCUAUGAGCAGCCAGUGGGACAGAGAAAACACUCACCUGGAGUGAACCUGUCCUCCUCAGUGUUUCUUUUGAGACAGGCACGAUCUGAUCAAAUCAAUAUGAAGAGUCUGAAGGCUAAGUUUAAAAAGAAUGAGAGUCAGGACUGGAGUAAGAGUGACGAGAGGCUCCUGCAGGCUGUGGAACAGAAUGAACCUGACAAAGUCUCUGCUUUCAUCAUCAAGAAAGGCCUUUGUCCCACUAAGCUGGAUGCUGAGGGCAAGUCAGCGUUCCACCUCUGUGCAUCCCGAGGACGGCUAGACUGUCUGGAGGUCAUCAUCUCUCAUGGAGCAGAUCUCAGUGUCCCUGAUGGCGCCGGCUUCAGCGCCCUUCACCUUGCAGCCAAAAAUGGCCAGUCAGAGUGUUUGAAGAGACUCUUACAGGAGAGACUGCCAGUAGAUUGCACCGACAGCAUUGGUAGGACACCGCUCCAUCAUGCAGCGGUCAGUGGGUGUUUGUCCUGCACUGAAACCCUGUGGGACUUUAAAGCCAAUCUAGAUGUCCAGGAUGAUGAUGGCGCCACCCCACUGAUAUUAGCAGCCCAGAUGAGCAGAGUGGGGCUUUGUGUGUUCCUGCUGGGACGAGGUGCCAAUGCAAACAUACAGGACAAACAGGGAAGAUCUGCACUGAUGCUGGCCUGUGAGAGUGACAGUGUUGAAACAGUGGAGGCUCUGCUGAGAGGCGGGGCCAAUUCCCAGCUGGUUGAUGCACCUGGACACAAAGCCAGCGACUACAGCAUAACCACAGACAACCAGUGCAUCAUACAGAUGCUGAAGGAUGGAGUAUUUCCAGCUUCUGAAGGCACAGGCGAGGAGCCCUCACAAGUCCCCUCGGGUGCCUCCUCAAUGCAUGGGGGGACUACCCCCCGCAAACGGAAAGCUCCUCCACCACCCCGCCCUCCUCUGCAGAUCCAGAGUUUGGCACCAGCUCCACAGCCCCGGAGUCGUGCUCCCACCCAAUCCCCUGAGUCCCCAUCUCAGUCGCCUUCUCCCUCUCCUCAUCCUCCAGAAACACAGCAAUCAGCCCAGACAGAGGAUGAGGAGGUGUUUGAGGAGAUUCGACGGCUGCGUCUGGAGAGAGGUCGUCUGCUCCAGAAGAUCAAAACUUUGGAGCAGCAACAACAGAAUGCCCUCUCUGCCUUGGAGGAGUUGUCUCAGUUAAAGCAGCGUCUAGAGGAGGCAGAGGCAGAGAGGGACAAGCUGCUUGAGGAGCUGAAGGGAGGCCAUGUUAUUGGGGCUAGCGACUCUGAAGACAUGGAUGAAAUGUUAGACUUCCCAGAAAAGCUGCUUUCUAAGCGCUCCAGAGCCUCUCCUGCUCAGGAUGAGGUUACUCAUGCAGACACAAAGGAGGCUAGCCCCUCUCCUGCCCCUGCAGACCCAGGAGCUGUUGCUGAGCUGUGCAAACAAAUAGAGGAACUUACCUCACAAAACUCUGAACUUGUUCUCAAAGUGCAGAUGCUGGAGAUGUUUGAAAAGGAUGACACAGACAUGCAGACUUCCAGCCCAGACUUCGUCCCCUUAGCUCAGUAUGAGACCCUGAUGAAGGAGUUUGAAGCCCUUCAGGAGCGCUUUUCUCAAGCCCAGGCUUCAGAUGAGGCCUCCAGUGUGGCUGAAGAGCAAGGUGAUGAGAUGUCUCCGGAAGGAGGUGUGGAUGUAGACAGUAAAAAGGCUCUGAAGGAGAAGCUGCGUGGGUUGGAGGAGCAGCUGGCAUCCUCCCAGACUGAGCUUGAGGAGUUAAAGGAACAGAUGCGCCUUGGGGUGCUUUCUGUGGAGUGUGUUGAAAGGGAUACUCUCACAGCAGGUGCUGGGACUGAAGGUCAGUCUGGGGCUGUAGAGGAGGGUCCGAGCCAGGUGGCACAGCAGCUGAGAGCAAGAGUGACAGAGCUAGAGGAGGAGCUUGCUAAGAGACAGGGCAAUGAAGGGGGUCAGAGCAGUCAGGACAGUGACACAAUCAAACAGCUGACAGAGAAAGUAGAGGCACUCCAGGCUGCUUUGGCCCAGAAAGAGCGUAUGAAAGAAGAAAGGGAGAAAGACAACAGAUUGGAAAAAACUGUGAAGCGCCUUCGUGACAAAGUGGCUGAAUUGGAGGCAACCCUGGCAGAGAGCAAGACAUCUGGGAAAGAGGCAGGAGAUGGUGAUAAGGUCCGUCGUCUUCAGGAACGUCUGGGUGAGUUGGAGGGGGAGCUGAGGAAGUGUGUGCCCCGCUCAGAACUGGAGGAGGUGCAGGUGACUCUGGGGCUCCAGUGUGAGCAGCUGGCCAGGGAGAGGGCAGAUGUGGCUAGAAGGCUCAAUGACUCACUCCUGGAACUGGAGAGACUCAGGCCUCCACCACGUGGAGAUGAUGAUGAGGAGGAGGAGGAGGAGGAGCACUCAGAGAGCUCAGAGCCCACAUCAGAGCACUCCAGACGUACCCUAGCAGCAGUGAAGGAAGAACUGGAAGCAGCAAGACAGGAAGCAGCCCAGGCUUUGGACUGUCUGUGUGCUGAGCGGGAGGGCCGUGCACAAGACGCCCUGCAGCUGAAAGAUGCUGUUCCCCUCUCCAAACAUAAGGAGGCACUGUCUUCGGUAUCAGAACAGCUAGCUCAGGCAUUGCUGGAGCUCCAGGAGGAGAGGACCCUUCGCAUCCAAACUGAGGAGGAGGCUGCUACGCUAGAGGCCAGACUACAGACCCUGCAGGAUGCUGUUCCCAGAGAGGAGCAUGAUAAAAUCAAGGCAGAGCUGCAGCGCUCUCUGCAGGCCAGUGAGAGCCAUGUAGCAGCAGCUCAGGAUGCUCUGACUGACAAAGAGAUGGAGCUGAGAGAACUAAAGUCCCAGAAAGCUGCAGAACAGGGUUUAAUCUCCAAAGAGGACCACGAGGCACUGCGGCUCUCUUUGCAGGCUGAGAUCAAUGCCAUCACGGCUCGUUUCAAUGACCUCACCCGCAAACAUGAGAAGACCUGCACUGAGGUGUUCCAAGUGCAGAGGGAGGCUCUGUUUAGCAAGAGUGAGCGGCAGGCUGCAGAGUCUCAGCUGGCCACAGUGCAGCAGCAGCUAGCUGACUUACAGGCCCAGUCCAGUCACAUCCAGGAGCUCCACAAGGACAUCCAGGAAUCCCAGGGCCUGGUCAAGGAGAAAGACCGCAAGAUAACUGAGCUGUCCAAGGAGGUGUUUCGCCUAAAAGAGGCACUAGGAGCUCUGUCACCACCUCUUGGCAUCACAUCCUCAUCCUCUUCAUCCACUCUUCAUGGUAACCCCGGGCAGCAAAUGGCACUGCAGAACAGGAUCUCUAUACUCACUCAGCAGCUCCAGUGUAUAUCAAGUUUAAUCUCCAAAGAGGACCACGAGGCACUGCGGCUCUCUUUGCAGGCUGAGAUCAAUGCCAUCACGGCUCGUUUCAAUGACCUCACCCGCAAACAUGAGAAGACCUGCACUGAGGUGUUCCAAGUGCAGAGGGAGGCUCUGUUUAGCAAGAGUGAGCGGCAGGCUGCAGAGUCUCAGCUGGCCACAGUGCAGCAGCAGCUAGCUGACUUACAGGCCCAGUCCAGUCACAUCCAGGAGCUCCACAAGGACAUCCAGGAAUCCCAGGGCCUGGUCAAGGAGAAAGACCGCAAGAUAACUGAGCUGUCCAAGGAGGUGUUUCGCCUAAAAGAGGCACUAGGAGCUCUGUCACCACCUCUUGGCAUCACAUCCUCAUCCUCUUCAUCCACUCUUCAUGGUAACCCCGGGCAGCAAAUGGCACUGCAGAACAGGAUCUCUAUACUCACUCAGCAGCUCCAGGAUUGGGAGAGAAAACACAAACAGGUGGUGGCUGUGUACCGUUCCCAUUUACUGGCAGCUGUACAGGGCCAUAUGGAUGAAGAGGUGCAGAACCUGCUACUCCAGAUCCUGAGGAUGACACAGCAGGGACACUGAACCUUAUUACAUCUGCAAGUCUCUCCUCACCACCAUUCACCCUACAGGUCAACAACCUGUGGCAUCAGUAUCAUAGAGAUUUUUAUCUAGAAAGCCAAAUACAACUGAUCUGUGGUUAGACAUACAGUAGCUGCAUGCAUACAUUACAGUAAACUGAACAGCAAUAAGACCUGACUGACAACCAAGCAGUAAAAUGAUGGAGUGCCUUCGUUACAUGUCAAGGGUUUAUGGUAGCAGAAAAUGAAUGUGGAUUAUUUAGAAGAUAGAAUCAAGAUUGUGUGAGAAGCAGAUUGAAUUUAUAUAUUUUUGUCAUAAUAAAA